AUGAUCCUCCGAACUCAGGAGGUACACGCUUCUGCUUCUAUUUCGACGGACUCUAUUACCACUGUCCUUAAUACCGGAUUUAGGCGCCUAAUUUCACCACCUCUACUCGUAUCUAAUUCCGACUUGCUGCCACGAGAGCACAUCAAAGCGGUUGCCAUGCUCCGUACUCCAUUCUUCACUCGUCAAUUCCCGGACUUUACUAGAAAUUUGAUGGAUACACAAAUCCCUUCGCUACACACUAGCUCUGUAUAUCCUUCUUGGUAUUUGGAAUAA